UCUCCCCCCAUCCUACCUUACCCCCCCCUUCCCCUCCCCCAAGAAGUAAGGGACUGGAAGAAACAGAGAGCUAUGGAAGGGCAUGCAGCAACAGGGAAAAGACAGGAGAAGGUAGACACCCUGUGCAUCUUGAGUAUUAGUCAGAGAGGUACAAAGCCAGGGGACCGGCUGCAGCCUCAUGGGAUUGUCCUGAAAAGAUAACAUCAGCUGUAGGAGCACACAAAGGGGGAAAUGAUCAAUCAGUGAUCUGCGCUAACUCUGAAGAGCUAUCCUGCAGCCUGUGUUAUGCAGCAUUUCUUGACAGCUUCUACGGGAAAGGAAAGAUGAACACAGAGGAUGUUGGGAAUGAGACCUCUCCAACACCUAGUAUCCCUGGAUUUCUUGUAACCACCACCAAGUUGGUCCCACUAAGUCCUGUGCCCCCAGGGGAGAAGCCAGACCCUUUGCCUAUUAUCAUUUCACUCAUCUGCAUCUUUGUCCUCCUGGCUACCUGUCUCAUAUUCAUCACUCUCUGCAAACCAGCAGCACUCGACCAGGCCUGCUAUGGGCCACACGAGUGCAUGCCCUACCACCCAGAGGAUGCCAGUGAACCGCAGUUAAGGUUCUGGAAGCGACUGGGCUCCCUAAGGCGUUCUAUAAACAGCUUCAGGCGGACCCAGCCUGUCUCCCAGUGCCAUCGGACCUGCUCACGGAUGCCACCAGCCACCCAGGAUUGGGACUUCAUGGAGUCCACUAAAAUGUAACAGCUGUUUCUCCACUAUUCUGCUGCAAAAACCAACUCACCUCAUUGCACAAACACCCCAUUCACUGCUGUCAAUGAGAUCUCAAAUCGUCCAAUACCACUCUGUGGAGCACAGAGUCAGGACAGAGACCUUGGGAGAGUAGAGUGGCAGCGAUUCCCGUACCUACGGAAAUCUCUAAAGGAGUCCCACAGCCCACAAUGUGAGAGCAUGAAGUUUGUAAAGACCGGCUGAUGGAACCAGAUUACACCAAUGUGGUACUGUUUCUUGGGGCCCUACAAUCUGGAACUAACCAGCAAUGAGUGACAUAAGACCAGCAACAUCUGCUAGGGAAACCAUUUGACAGAAGGCGCCACUAAUUCUAAAGCUCCUUGGAAAGUGUCUCCGUGGGGCUAAGGUGUCUAUUUCUCCAAGUUUUGGUAGUUUGAAGUUUUCCUCCAUCUCUUUUACUAUGAAGACCAAGGGGUGCCCACACUGAUAUUAAAAUAGCUGCCCUCUCUUCACAGACAAAAGCAUUAGGGUAUGUCUACACAUAACCCACAACAGUGGCACUGCUGCACCUCUGCAGCUGCAUUCCUAUAGGUUCAGUGAAGACACUACCUAGAACAACAAGAGGGGCUCUCCCACUAGCGUAAGUACUAUGCCUCCCAGAGUGGCAGUAGGUAGGUCGACGGGAGAAUUCUCCCAUUGACCCAAUGCUGUCUAGGGUCAGGGGGUACAUCGGUUUAACUGUCACUCAGGGGUAUGGAUUUUUCACACCCCUGAGCAACAUAGUUAUACCAACCUAAUUUCCUAGUGUAGACUAGGCCUUAGCCAUUACAGUUCUUAGUUCAUGGAGAAUAGAAGCUUUCAUAGGUUUUGCCAAAGUUAGAUAAAAACCCCAAACGCACCUGUAGGACCAUGUACUUCUUCAUACGUAAAACAGCUCUCUACGUCAGGUGUGGCACCGUGGCUAAGUGGCUAUGUUCAGUUCACUAUAUAUACCCUGAGCCAGUAUAGAUGAAGGGAAGCAGACCCAGUGCAAGGCACUGUAUUGAAUUCGCAAGGAGGUGAUGGGAGGAAGUGCCUUGCAGGUGUUGUGUUCAGACCAGAUCUCCCUUCAAACAUUCAGCAAUGGCUGAUUCAGGAGUGGCACUUGGGCUGCUACCAUUUUAAAGUUUGUUCUCUGGGACAAACAGGUCAUGGCCUGAUGCUGAGCCACAAUGUCACAUACCCCCACUCCCACCAAUGCCACUCUGCAAUGCUGUGAUACAUCACUGCCACCUUGGGUAACAACAUAACAUGCUGACAUUGUGUCAGUCUGGAUGUUUUCAAGGAAACAAUAAUGUGCCUCAAUCCUCACUUGCAACAUGUGUGCCAUUUUAAAAAAAGGACAUGCAAGCUGGGCUCCAAAGGGUGCUGUUUGAUCUCCCUUUGCGGUGGAUGGCCCCUGGGCUUUGUGAGGGAGAAGACAAAGAGAGGAAAAAACUAGUGGGGACACUGGAUCCCUCUCUAGAUCACAGAGAAUAGGGAGCUUAUUAACCCCCCUCCCCCCCAAAUACACCAAAUUAAAACAUUUUCUUGAGGGCUCACUUAUUUGCACCAUCUGCUUUAAGCACUAGCCUUUAAUACUAGUAAGAAAAGUGAAAUAAAUGCUAUUCUAAGCAUUCCUGCUGGAGGCCUUGAGAAUGUCUAACACUGGGGUCUGUGGGAUCUUUUGUCUUUUAACCACUAACAAUGCCCCUUUCUGGGAAAUACUGAGAAAUGGAGCUUGAGAAUGGAUUGAAGAGAAUGUGAAAUUGUGUUACUUCAGUUUUAAUAUGUGUUUUGAAUAUUGCAACUAAAAUAUUCAGGGUUCCUGUUUCCUGGUCUGAAAGGGACAGGUCCAAAAGACACCCAUGGGAAGAUUUCACAGAUAGCUCAGAAGGUGCUGCUCAGAAGGUGCUGCUUGGCUUCUUUUGAAGAACAUUGGGUAAGUCAUGUAACAUCUGUAACAAAUGACUUGGGCAAGACAGCAACAAUCUCACUGGCUAACAAACACUGCAUCUAAGAUGAGUGACCCAGAGUAAAGCUAUUACAGAAAUGUAUUCUCUGAAUUGACAUGUAUUCCUUUUAAGCAGAUGUAUUCCUUUAAGUUUUUUUAUUGUAUUUUACAUUUUCAUGCCUUUAUAAGCGUAUUCUUUUAGCCGGUUUAUUCUGGAACUGGGGCCUCAUUAUAAUUCUGUAAUGAUUUGGAGUUUGUGCAUGGAAAAUGUCUUCUCUCAGCUGGCCUAUUCCUAAGCAGGUGUGUGCUAAAUAAGCUCGACUGCAUUCACUCUCUGUACAUCAUGUAAGGUCUAUGUACUCAUCUCAGUGAUAAAAUCCGUAGGUUGUUAUAUGUUUCUAUAUAAUCAUGGACUCCACAAAUCUCUACUGAAAAAAACACUUCAAUAAAUAAGCAGCAGGAUCAGAUAAACAUGCUUGUGAAUGCAUUAAAAGGGCCUUUGGAGGGUUUCAACCACUGGCAAGUUGGCUGGGCAAGGAUGAGUCCCUCAUUUCUGCUGCGAAGGACAUAUGACUGGCACGGUAAUCUGCCUUCCUGUUUACAAAGAGGUUCUCUAAAAAUAGUAUCUUAGGGCCAGGUUUUCCAAAAAACUCCACACCUAACUGCUCCCAGUUAGCUACUUAAAUAAAGUGGCCAUUUUUCAAGUGCCCAAUGCCUAGCAAUGGAGCAGUGCUCUUUCCAGCUAGCAUCUUGAGAACAAUGAGAACUGCUCGGUUCCCAUUUAGCUCUAAUGGGUUCAUGAGACACAAUUUAAAACACAGGGAAAUAUUAAGGGAAAGGAAAAUGCAUCUUCCUUAACUUACUCAGCUAUAAACAUUUAUUUUAAAGUAAACCCACAAAAUUAUUUGUUUCCUGGAUUUGUUUAUAUCAUCACUCUGACAUUUAAACCCAGUUUAAUGUAUUUCAUUUCCCUUUGUUUUGUUUCAGGGAAAACAAGCUUUCCUGGAAGGUCAUUAAGGCCUGUUUUAUAGGCAAAUUCUCUGGGGUUAUCACCUUCUUUUCUUUCCAGACUUUCAUGUGCAUUUCAUUUCAGGGAAUAUUCUAGAAAACAUCAUACUGUCUUCUGUAGGAAAGCCGUGAUACCAGGUUCAGUUUUGUUUCUUAGUUAUUAUUGCGUUCCUCCACAAUAUGUUAUUAUCCAAAAGACAGGCAAUCAGAACAGUUUCUGCAUAAACACAGGGCAAUUGUCAAGCAUGUAUGUUCCUUCUGUUUAAAAACAUCUUUUGAUUUGCAAACAUAUUUUUGUUUCAAAUUCAUCAA